AUGGUUGUUGAUUAUGAAAAUGCAGGCACGCGGGUCAUUCGGCCUUCUUACCUAGCUCACGUUGUUCUACGCACGAAUAACCUCAAGCCCAUGGUUGACUUCUACAAGACAUUUCUGGGGGCACAUGCAUCGUUCGAGAACGACUUCAUUUCUUUCCUCACUUACGAUGAGGAGCAUCACCGUAUCGCCAUCCUUCAGGCUCCCGGAACAGGUCCGAAACAACAACAGACUUGCGGGCUUGAACAUAUUGCUUUCACCUACAACAAACUCGAAGACUUAGCUUUAUCCUACCGACAGCGUAAAGCUAACGGCAUCCUGCCAAUCUGGUGUAUCAAUCACGGCGCCACCACGUCCAUCUACUACCAAGACCCGGACGGCAACCAGCUGGAAACGCAGAUUGACAACUUCAGUACGAAUGAAGAAAUUGCACAGUGGCUGGUGUCCAAAGAAUUUGCACAGAAUCCUAUUGGCACAGAAUUCGAUGCUGAGGAACUGGUCAAAAGGCUUCAAGCAGGCGAGGAUCACGCCUCUAUCAAGAAAAGAAUCGAAAUCGGCCAACGAUUCACAAGGUGA